AUGUUCGCCAUUCGCACAUCGAUCCUUCUCGCCAGCGCUAUGCUCGCCAGCUGCACUGUCCUCCCCCGCACUGGAAGUAACAGUGACGGUGGCAGCAGCGGCGGUUCCAAUCAGCAGUGCUCGACGGGUUCCACUCUCUGCUGCUCCUCUCAAACUACCGAUGACUUAUUGGCCGGCGUCGAUGGCACCCUCCAGUCUGUACUGGGGGCUCUCCUGACCGGGGGAGCUAUUGACUCUUGCGAGCGCAUUGGUUCUGAUACGCCAUGCGCGGUUCAACCACUCUGCUGUCAGUUGAAUUUGGCGUCGGGAGGAUCUUUCUUGGUGAACCUCUCUUGUACCGAAAUCGACACCAAUAUCUGA